AUGAAAUCGACUGGAGAUAACCACUCCAUCGCAGAAAACACAAACGAUAAAGAAUUCAGUAAGAAACCAAGAAUGCCAAAUAUCAAAGUAUUCACGGGAAGUUCUCAUCCAGAUAUCGCAAAGAAAAUAGUCUCAAGACUCGGGCUAGACCUGGGCCGAGCCACGACUAAACAAUUCUCCAAUCGAGAAACAAGCGUUGAAAUCCAUGAAUCCGUCCGUGGUGAAGACGUCUACAUUGUGCAAAGUGGAUGUGGGGAUAUCAACGACAACCUAAUGGAGCUGCUCAUCAUGAUAAAUGCUUGCAAAAUAUCGUCCGCCUCCCGCGUUACCGCUGUCAUUCCAAGCUUCCCCUACUCGCGACAGGAUAAAAAAGAAAAAAGCCGAGCCCCAAUUACUGCUAAGCUGCUAGCUAAUCUCAUAUCCGUAUCUGGAGCUGAUCACGUCAUAACAAUCGACCUUCACUCGUCUCAAAUUCAAGGCUUCUUCAAUAUCCCCGUCGAUAAUCUUUACGCUGAACCAGCGAUAACGAAAUGGAUACAAGACAAUAUUUCUGAAUGGAAAAGCAGUGUUAUGGUUUCACCUGACGCAGGAGGUGUGAAAAGGAUGACCGCCAUUGCCGACAGGUUGGAUAUCGAUUUCGCGAUAAUUCACAAGGAAAGGCAACGAUCCAACAACGAAGAUUCGACUGUUUUAGUUGGUGACGUGAGCAACAGAACCGCUAUCAUGGUUGAUGAUUUAGCAGACACAUGUGAUACUAUUGUUAAAGGUGCUCAAAAGCUACGCGAAGCUGGAGCUGACAAAAUAUACGCGAUUCUAACCCACGGAGUUCUCGCUGGGAACGCUAUUGAUAAGAUAAAUAACUCCUGCUUAGAGGCUUUGGUUGUUACCAAUACCAUUCCUCAAGACAAACACAUGAAACUGUGCCCGAAAUUGCAAACUGUGGAUAUCUCCGUGAUGCUGGCUGAAGCAAUACGACGAACGCACUAUGCUGAAUCCGUUUCCUACCUUUUCACUAACGUUCCAUACUAA